AUGGCCGGGGCGCCCAAAGAUGAUGAACUUGAAAGAGCAGCACAGCAGCUCGCCAACUUCCGCAAGGACAAUGCGCUUCCGGAAAUAUUAGACCGGUACGCGGCCUUGAUUGAGAGCUACAAGCGCCUGCAGAGCGAUUAUGAGGAGGAGCGGGACGCUCGGGAAAGGUACAAGCAAAUUGCCAGAGGCGUGGAGCGAAACUCGUUUGUGCUCGUCUUGAUUGACGGCGAUGGCUACGUCUUCAAUGAGAGCCUAGUGAGCAAAGGUAUCGAUGGCGGCCGUACUGCGGCGCAGCUACUCCACGAAUCCAUCAACACCAGUCUCCAGAGGAAGGGCAUUGACCAUUGUCAAAUCAUGGUGCGCGUUUGGGUGAACCUUGCCGGUCUAUCAAAGGCGCUCAGCAGAGCAGGUCUCGUUGGCGUCGAGAAGCGCUCCCUCAGCCCCUUCAUCGCCAGCUUCAAUAGGUCAUAUGGCCUCUUUGACUUUAUUGAUGCUGGCGAGUGGAAAGAGAAUGCCGACUUUAAGCUGCGCGCAAUGCUGAACCUGUACGCAGAGAACCCGCAGUGCAAACACAUCUACUUCGCGGCCUGUCAUGAUGUUGGAUACAUUUCCGACCUGACGACGUAUAUCGGCAACAGAGAGAGAUUCACGCUCAUCAACUCUUCUAGUGUUAAAUUCCACAAGGAAUAUCUCAAACUGGGAAUGGAGAUAGAGGAGCUUCCUGGCGUGUUCCUAUCAAUGCCGCUAGGCGAAACAAUUGUUUCCAAUUCUUCUCGUCUCGGUCCCGCUUCGACCGUUGCUGAAAAGUCGACGGCGGUGGUUGCAUGGGCACCACCAAGCCAAUCAAGCAAUUCCAUGGGAAACGAUCGCAAGCUCUGCUCCUUUUAUCAGAUUGGGAAAUGCAAAUACGGGAGAAGUUGCGUCAACUUACACGUUAGCAGCCACAUCGACUACAUGGACAUGCAAAACGGCAGCCGUGCAAAAAGCAUCAUGCCAUGA